CAAACACAACAGAACAAACUUGACUUUAAACCGCCGCUGUCUUCUAGUUUUUUGAACCUCUGCGACCAUGGCCACAUCCAUCUGCACAUUGCUCCUGCUGUCGCCCCUGCUGUCCAGCGUGUACGUUGAGGGUUUUUCUCGAGGGCCCGUUGAACUCGCUCCUGUCCCCUGUAACGACAAAGCAGUGGAGAAGCUGUCUCGCCUCGGUGUCACUUACAUCAAUGAAGACCGCAGCGAUGGCUACAAGUUUGCCCUCAACCGCAUUGCAAAUGUCCACUUGCAUGCUCAGGGCCCAGCAGGCAAUGUGUAUUACCUGGACCUGGAUGUCCUGGAGACCAAGUGUCACACAGGGAGCCCAAAACCAUGGAAGCGAUGUGAUGUCAGACCAUUCAUGGAGACACAAAUCUCUGGAAACUGCAACACCACCGUUCUGCACACACCAGACGGCUACUCCUACCUGUACAGCUAUGACUGCACCCUCGUGCCAGAUCCCCCAGAGAAGCUCCAGCAGAUCUGUCCGACCUGCCCUCUCCUGCUCCCCACAGACAGCCCACAGGCAGUGGCCACAGCUCAGGUCACUCUCGCCUCCUAUAAGAGACAGUCCAGACUCGGUGCUGGACUUGGGGUGAAGAAGAUCACCAGAGCCGCAGCUCGGGUGGUGCCAAUGAAAGCCAGUUUUGUGGAGUACACAGUCCAACAGUGUCCAGAGGGAGUGACAGAGAGGGGGGACUGUCAGGUACCGUCACUCCACACUGACACAGAGGCUGCAGGUUUCUGUGCAGGGUCUGUGCAUGGGGACAUGAACACUUACCCUGAUGUCCAGGUGUCCUGUGAGAUGUACAAGUUACAGAACGUGGACACCCUCAGACCGGUGCAGCCACAGGGCCACGACCUCCCUCUAGGCCCCGUGAAGCCAGUCUUCCCUCCUCUGACCGAUGACUCAGGAAAUAAUCCACAGCCUGUUCCCUCUGUCCCAACAUCGCUUCCUGCUGUUCAACCAGCGCCUUUUAACCCCUCACCUGUUGACCUUGUUCCCUCUGACCCUUUCACCUCAUCAUCCAGUGAGUCCACCGAAGGGCCAGGUUACAAUCAACAGCAGCCACCAAAUGCUCGGCCAUUUGCUUCCUCCUCAGAGGAGAUUGGAGGGCCUGUGGCACUGCGGCCGCCCUUUAACUUCCGCUACCAGAGGCAUGACCGCGAGAGGCGGCAGGCUUUGAUGGGGACUUCAACCUCUCACACCCCAGUCUUCCUGUCUGAUUUCCCCAGUGGCCUCUCUCCUUUCCGCUCCUGUCCUGGUCCCGCUCGGUACACCACUGUUUAACUGAUGCUGCUCAGGAAAACAUUUGUUCUUCUUUAAUUUUAUCCACUGAGACAGAGACAGUGGAGCAGCGCUGCUCCACGGUCCCUGUCACAAGAGGCUUAUAAUAAUUGUGUGCAAAUGAGAGGAGCACUUUCUUUUUUUUUUUUUUUUGCUUGGCCCUGAAAUGACCUCCCUGCAAGUGCUCACAAAGCAGCCAUGAUUUUAGAGUAUUCAUUUGACGAUGGUGUUAAAUACGAGAAGAAGAAAAAAAUAUGAACGUCCUGGUUUUAAUCAACAAUCUGAAAAGCACAUGUAACCUUAUAGUCCAACAACAUUAUGGAAUUAAUCAAAUAUAGAUUUUCUUCUGCUACAAUAAAUCCAGCUUCAAAAUUUGUAAAAAAUCUUUCUCCUUUAUUGUAUUUUAUAUAUUUUUAAAUUGAACAUCUUUGGCCUGUAGCACCCUUGCCUUUUGUACUGUUCACAUGAAACAGGAUUGUACUGAGGGAUCAGAGAGUAAAAACAGCACUCUGAAUUCAUAGAAAAUGUAUCUUCGUAAGCUUAAAUGAACUCUAAGAAACUCUGCUUCUCUCUAUUGUAUGUGAAAUGUUCUUUCAAGGUAAGAAAAUCUGAAAAGGGACAGUUUUAUUUCCAUAUCCACAGCAGUUUAAUUGAUAAAACUUUGAUCAAAGGACAACAUUUGGGCCAGACAGAGAGAAAUAACAUGACAAAUUUAGUCCGGUAAAGAAGAAGGUUUGUGAAGGUUAGAAGAAGUCUAGGUUUAUUAUGAAACAUAAUCAAGGCUACAGGGAAGGCAAAGACAUCUUGGUCUUUCAAUGGUUGCAGCAAAGCAAGUGGAGCAAUUAACAAGAGCAGGGGAGAUGUGAAAAGCCAUCCCUUAUAUGACUGAAGUGUCACCCAGGAGGGCUCCACCAAUAAACAAAGCCUCACACCAGAAACAUGUCCUUUUAACAAGCACUCACCAAAGAGCUGUAAAGUAACGGCUACGCAGAGGUUGGUGUUGGGAUGUGAAACAUGUAAGACAGAGUGCAGUCACUGAUCAAGACGCAGCAGUUGGUUUACAUUUGAAAGAUGACACUUUUUUAGGAAAGAUCAUUUUUGUAUAUGUGGAUUAAAAUUGGCCAUGUUGAAGCAAAGACAGUUGGGGGCAGUGUUUUUUUUGAUCUGACAGAAUCUCUCCACCUCAAGAAAAAAUUGAAACAAACAUUUGAAAUUGUAUUUUGACAAAGACUCCUGGUCGUAGAACAUAUUUUUUUUUUUACUUUUGUAAGAAUUGCUUACUUUUAUUAAUGAGACUGCAGAUUUUCAUAGGCUACGGUGGCCCUCACAUACCAGAAAGGUGUAAAAGUAUUACUUAUGGGUAGAAUAUUACAUGUCCUGCCAGUAGAUCAAUAUACAGAUAGUUAUUGGAAAUGGCUGGUUUAUUUUCUUGGAUACUUGGAAGUAUUAUACAUCCAUCAUCUUUGAAAAGUUGCUCCAUAAUUAAAAGCAGUUUGGAAACUG